GCACAUUUCUCCACUGCAUCAGUCUGAAGGACACUUUCCUGGACCUUUCAGAGAGGACAAGAAACCCACCAAACAAGCCCUUGAAACAGAGAAGAAUUUGUCCCUUUCUCCAGUGGGAUGAAGCAUGUAAGGCACCUCACCCCCUCCUUAUUUCUCAGUUUAGUGCACGUUUGCCUGGUUCAGGCAAAUUAUGCCCCCUAUUUCUUUGAUAAUGGAGCCAGAAGCACAAACGGGAACAUGGCACUUCUCAGCCUUUCGGAGGACACACCUAUUGGUACCCAUGUGUACACUCUGAAUGGGACUGAUCCAGAAGGAGAUCCUGUGACUUAUGGCCUGGCCUAUGAAGCUGGAUCAAGACGUUACUUUUCUGUUGACCAGAACCUUGGAAACGUUACGCUGAUCGAGGAGCUUGACAGAGAGAAGGAAGAUGAGGUUGAAGUUAUUGUCAGUAUCUCAGAUGGCCUGAGUACAGUUUCUGAAAAAGUCAGAAUCCUUGUCAUGGAUGCUAAUGAUGAGAGCCCAGAGUUCAUCAAUACACCUUAUAUAGUCCAAGUCCCAGAGAACAGUCCCUCUGGCAGCAGUAUCUUUAAGAUUGAGGCAGUGGACAGAGACACGGGUUCUGGAGGAAGCAUUACCUACUUCUUGCAGAACAUCCAUGCUAAUAAGUUCACAAUAGACCGUCACAGUGGUGUCCUGCGCAUCAAAACGGGGGUUACCCUGGACUAUGAGAAAUCAAGAACACAUUUUGUCGUCGUCGUAGCCAAGGAUGGUGGUGGGAAGCUGAGGGGAGACAACAAAGUGUUCUCAGCCACAACAACAGUGACUAUCAAUGUGGAGGAUGUUCAGGACACCCCUCCCAUGUUCAUUGGGACUCCCUACUAUGGAUAUGUCUAUGAGGAUACUCUUGCAGGCUCUGAGGUCCUUACUGUUGUUGCUCUUGAUGGAGACAGAGGAAAGCCUAACAGCAUUCAUUACUGCAUCGUGAAUGGAAGUGAAGGUUCAUUUGAAAUCAACAACACAACUGGAGCCAUUUCUGUUAUAAAAAGCCCAAAUCAGCUCAAGAAAGAAGUGUAUGAACUAAAAGUUCAGGCAUCAGAAGUCGGUCAGGAAGGUGACCUCUCAGUGUACACGUUUGCCAUGGUGACGAUACGUGUGGUCGACCUCAACAACCAUCCACCAACAUUCUAUGGAGAAAAUGGUCCCCAGAACAGAUUUGAACUGACCAUGUAUGAGCAUCCCCCAGAGGGUGAGAUCUUGAGGGGAUUGAAGAUUACAGUCAAUGACUCAGAUCAGGGGGCCAAUGCUAAAUUCAAUCUCCGUCUUGUUGGACCUGGUGGCAUCUUCCGAGUGGUUCCCCAAACUGUCCUGAAUGAGGCUCAGGUUACAAUAAUUGUGGAAAACUCUGCUGCUAUUGACUAUGAAAAAUUCAAGGUGUUAACCUUCAAGCUCCUUGCCAUCGAGGUGAACACACCGGAGAAAUUCAGCUCGACAGCUGACGUGGUGAUACGCUUACUGGACACCAAUGACAAUGUCCCAAAGUUCUCCUCUGACUACUACAUUGCCAGGAUCCCCGAGAACUCCCCGGGGGGCUCAAAUGUAGUUGCUGUCACAGCUACAGAUCCAGAUUCAGGGCUUUGGGGAGAAGUCAAAUACUCUAUCUAUGGAACAGGAGCAGAUCUGUUCCUAAUCCACCCAUCAACAGGUAUAAUUUACACCCAGCCCUGGGCUGUAUUAGAUGCUGAAGUGAACUCGAAGUAUAAUUUCUAUGUGAAGGCAGAGGACACAGAUGGGAAAUACAGUUUGGCUGAAGUAUUUAUCACUGUGCUGGAUGUCAACGACCACUCUCCAGAGUUCAAUGGAAACAUCCAGGAAAAGACAAUGAUCAUCGGGUCACCGGUGAAGAUAGAGGCUAUAGAUCAAGAUGCAGAAGAACCCAACAACAUUGUGGAUUAUUCCAUCAUGCAAGCAGAUCCAGCUAAUGUGUUUGAUAUAGACCAAAGCACUGGGGAAAUCAAGCUGAAAUCCUAUAUCCGUUCCCUGGACAUCAUCCACAACAUCACAAAUAACAAAGACUGCAUAUGGUCAGUGGUGGUGCAGGCCAAAGACAGAGGCUCCCCAUCCUUCAGUACCACAGCAGUUCUGAAGAUUGAUAUCACAGAGGAG